ACCUGUCACUUUUCCAAUCGUGUCGUCGUCAGUUUGUUCGAGUUGUGGAAUUUCGUCGUUUCGUCGCGCUGCUACUGGAGGAGGAAGAAUAAUCAUCGCUACGCGGAAGCCACCCCCGAAAAAGGGAAUCUGUGCCAGUAAUUAGCGCGGUGGUCCGAAGAUUUUGCGCGAUUCGAUUCGAGCUUCGCGGUCCGGAAUGAAGUGCCACUGCAGCUAGUACGUUUCCCCCUUCCCGAAAGAAUUCGCUUUUUGCAAGUGUGGCCGACGAAAAACAAUGACUGGCUGGAACCUGCUGCUUGCCGUCGAAGUAGAAUGGUUCCACCACAACCAGAAACAACAACAAGAAAUCAGCCAUCAGCAGCAACGAAGUAGUGAAGAAGCAUCGACCACCCAAAUUGACCACCAGUUACGACAAGUGUGACGUCCUCCCAGCCCCAGCUCUCUUUGUGUCUGUUUUCGUUUCUCCUCCCCCGCCCGAGGUGGCCUCGAGACGGCCGCGGAGACAGGUCAUCGUCGCAACGAAAGUCCGAAAGAAUCGUCUGGAAGGAGGGAGGUGUGUGAUUCAGAGCUAACUCCGUAGUCCGGAGGUUUUCCAACCCGGGAGCCAAAUUGUCCUCCUGGCGUGGUGGCCACACAGACAGCAAACAAGGGAGAGAAAGAAACGCAAAAUUAUCUAACUAAAUACACACGCCAGAAGCAGCAGCAGCAACAGCACCAUCGAAUACAUAAUAAGCAAUUUUCGUCGUAAGAAACAGCAGCAGCAGCAACAGAAAUACAAACCCGACGAUGAACAGCUCGACGCUGGGGAUGGGAGAGGGCAGCGGUGGCGACACCGAGUGGUCCACCCUGCACUGCAGCAAGGAUGCACUCACCGACUUUUUCGGAUGGUUCUUGCAGGGAAUACUGGCCACGUUGGCCUUUACCUGUCUGAUUGGCAAGCGCUUCUGCGAGCCCCUGUACAACCGGCGAAGCUGGGAGACGUGGUGGUACGACACCUCCAAGCAGGGGAUCGGUGCUCUCGUGAUUCACAUGACCAACGUGUACCUGGCGCCGCUGUUCCAGGGCGAUCCGUGUACCUGGUAUAUUAUCAACUUUCUACUGGAUUCCACCAUAGGCUUAUUCAUAAUCUACAUUGGAAUUAAAACCUGUCAGUAUUUAGCGCGCAAGAAAAAGUGGGAUGCAAUCAACUUUGGCGAGUACGGAGCACCAAAGUCGUGGCUCUACCAGACCUGGAUCUACGUCGGGUUGAUGGCGAUCGUCAAGCUGAUCACGACGCUGUUCAUCCAGCUCGACAUCUGGGACAACGUGAAAAACUUUGUCCUGUCCCCGUUCAAGGACCCGCGGAUCGAGCUGGCCGUGGUGAUGCUGGUGAUUCCGUUCUUUGUCAACAUUCUGAUCUUUUGGGUCACCGACAACUUCCUGAUGCGGCACACGCGCAAGAAACGCAAUACCGGUUCCGCCCACAGUCACGGCAGGGAGCAUAGUCUGUUGCAAAAAGUAAAAUACAAAAUGAUUCAAAAAACCAAACCUAAUGACUCAGAAUCUGAUACUCUUUUAUCAGGCGAUGAAGAUAUUUUAAAUUUUAAACCGACAAACAGCAGCGCCACCUCGUCGUCGCUGCUGCACGUGUCCUCCACCGGUGGUGCUGGCCACUCGUCAGCAGCGGCGACCAUCCUGGACCACGGCGACAUGGCCAUCAUCCUCACCUCAUCGACGUCACCCUCGCCGAGCAGUAGCAAACACAACAUCCAGCAGCGAACCAGUGUGAUCAACAUUUAACGAAGGGUUUUUUGGCGCGCUUUUUGUCUAGAGAAACCACACCUGAGCAGGUCAAACCGUGAUGAACUGAGGAAACAAUCACGAAUCACACAUUAUCAUUGUUGAAGGAGAAGAAGAAAAAAAAGUGAAAAUGCAAGGCAAUAGAUUAGCUAUGAUUUUGUUUUUUCUUGUUGAAAACUGAUAGUAAACUUUGUGAUAUUUGUGUGUCUAUAACUACAAUAAAAAAACAAAAAAAAAAACAACUAUAUAUUUACAAAACAUUCGGUUGCUACGCGUAGAGGGGAAGAGCCAAAAUCAGCUGCUGCAGCGUAGCGUUGCAAUUGAACUUAAAACCAGUUUUUACACGACGACAACAACGAUGAGACAGACACACGAAGUAACCAAGAGAGAUUGUGAAGCGAAACCGAACCAAGCCCACUUACAAAACUUUAUGCGUCGUCGCGGCGGCGAGACGAAACCCAACCAGGAAGGAAGAAAAUACAACUAUUUUAUAAUAAAAGGCUAAAUUAGGCUAAGUCAAAGCUAUGAGUAAUAUCAACAAGUUGAAGAAGAAAAAAAAAAUCGGCGAAAGGAAGUGCAUUGGUUUUUAUUUUUUAUAUAUACACAAACACACACUACACGAGUAAGCUUAGGAAUUUAUUACCAGCGAGGACGAAGGCGAGUUUUGUAAUAUACAACUACGGAUGAAAAUAAAGGAAUUCCAAUAUGAACUGAGAA